CUUCACUGCCUCAGCCGCCGACUAAAACAGACACAGACUGGCAGGCUGCGGUUCAUCCUCGCAGACAAAUGACGCAUUUUCCAUCACUGGUAUAAAUACGCAGCAUCAUUCUCCGUCUGCAGCCGACACUCGCAGUUCACACUCGCUCUGCUGCGCCCGACACUUCACUAUGCGCUCUUCAAGGUGCGACGGCGUGGUGCGCACCGGCCUCUCCAUCAAGUAACGGAAGCUCCCCAAACACACUUCGAGUUUACCAACAAUGGGGGAGACGAACAACACGACAGCCUGGUCUCAGUUUGACAGCCCUGCCAACAAAACCCCCAAACCCGAAGAAGAGGAGGUGAAGCUGAGCUACCAGGUGCUCACCUCCUUCCUGCUCGGCGCGCUCAUCCUGUGCGCAAUAUUUGGGAACGCGUGCGUGGUGGCAGCCAUCGCCUUGGAGCGCUCCCUCCAGAAUGUUGCCAACUACCUGAUCGGCUCUCUGGCUGUCACCGACCUGAUGGUGUCGGUGCUGGUGCUACCCAUGGCGGCGCUGUACCAGGUGUUGAACCGCUGGACUCUUGGGCAGAUUCCGUGUGACAUCUUCAUCUCUCUGGAUGUGUUGUGCUGCACCUCGUCCAUCCUGCACCUGUGCGCCAUCGCCCUGGACAGAUACUGGGCGAUAACGGAGCCCAUAGACUACAUGAAGAAGAGGACGCCGAGGAGAGCCGCCGUCCUCAUCAGCGUCACCUGGCUCGUCGGGUUCUCCAUCUCGGUGGCGCCGAUGUUGAUCAUGCGCUCCCAGCCCAGCAGCGUGGCGGAGGACAGGGCGAAUCCAAAACAGUGUAAGAUCAGACAAGACCCCUGGUACACGAUAUACUCUACAUUCGGGGCUUUUUACAUCCCCCUGACGCUGAUGCUGGUUCUAUACGGACGGAUAUUCAAAGCGGCCAGGUUUCGGAUCAGGAGGACGGUGCGUAAAACUGAGAAAAAGAAAGUGUCCGACUCUUGCCUGGCGUUAUCUCCCGCCCUGUUCCACAAAAAGACUCCCGCGGACGCACAGGGCAAGACCUGGAAGAGGAGCGUGGAGCCCCGGCCGCUGCCGAGCGUCAACGGCGCGGUGAAACACGCGGAGGACGGCGAGUCCCUGGAGAUCAUCGAAGUUCACAGCAACUCCAAAGGCAACCUGCCACUGCCCAACACCCCGAGCUCGGUGCCGCUGUUCGAGAGCAGGCACGAGAAGGCGACCGAGGCGAAGAGGAAGAUCGCGAUGGCACGGGAGCGCAAGACGGUGAAGACCCUGGGCAUCAUCAUGGGCACCUUCAUCUUCUGCUGGCUGCCUUUCUUCAUCGUCGCCCUCGUCAUGCCGUUCUGCCAGGAGUCGUGCUACAUGCCCCGCUGGCUGGAGGAUGUCAUCAACUGGCUCGGCUACUCCAACUCUCUGCUCAACCCCAUCAUUUACGCGUACUUCAACAAAGACUUCCAGAGCGCCUUCAAGAAAAUCAUCAAGUGUCAUUUCUGCAGACCGUGAUGCUCCUUCAGGUGAAAGCCCUAACAAACAAACAAACAAAAAAGAAAAAAAAAAAA